GUGAUCAUUCUAGAGCGGGACGCAUGGCGCUGAGUUUGAUGCUAGUUUGCACGAAUUCGGACACGGCGAUCUGAGGGACGGGUGUUGGAUGCCUUCUUCUGAAUGUAACCUGGCAUACUCGUUGGAACGCUGCCAAGAUCCCAUAUUCCUGAAUGUAAACAUAAAUCCCAUAGUAUUCCAUAGCGCAGACCUAAAUUGAACACGCUCCCGCAACUGUAACGGCUCCCCUCGCGCGCCGACCGUCCCGCCUCCGCCGCCGCUCAUCGUCGUCGUCCUCCUCCUAGCCGACGUCCGGCUUCCGCCUCCGCAACUCCUCCUCUCCCUAGCCGACGUCCCUCCGCGGCUGCUCCUCUCCCAUCUCGCCGAUGUCCCGCCCCCGCCUCCGCCACUGCUCCUGCUUCACCACGCCCAUGUCCCGCAUCCGCCUCCGCCGCCGCCUCUCCUCUUCCACCUCACGACCCACACCCUCCUGGUCUCCCCGCGCCGCCUUUGCGGCGGCCACGGAGCGCGUCCGCGACGGAACGCUCAGCCCGCAAGACGCACACCACCUGUUCGACGAAUUGUUUCAGCAGGCCACCCCGGUCCCCGACCGCCCCCUCAACGGAUUCCUUGCCGCCCUCACCCGUGCCACGCCCUCCGAGGCCUGCAGAGACGGCCCUGCUCUCGCCCUCUCCCUCUUCAACCGUGUCUACCGAGAAGAAGCCGGCAUGCGGGUGGCGCCGCCGACCAUCUUCACCUACGGCGUCCUCAUGAACUGCUGCUGCCGCAUGCGUCGUCCGGAACUUGGGCUCGCCUUCUUCGGCCGCCUCCUAAGGACGGGCCUGAAGGCAGACAAGAUCGUCGCCAACACUGUCCUCAAGUGCCUGUGCUGCGCUAAACGGGCAGACGACGCUGUGAAAGUGCUGCUUCAUACGAUGACCGAGCUGGGGUGUGUGCCUGAUGCCUUCUCAUACGCCAUUGUCCUGAAGAGUUUAUGUGAUGAUAACAGGAGCCAGCAGGCGCUCUACCUGCUCCGGAUGAUGGCGAAAGAAGAAGGUGUGUGCUCCCCUGACGUGGUCACAUAUAACACCGUCAUUCAUGGCUUCUUUAAGGAAGGAAAAAUAGGCAAGGCCUGCAAUCUAUUCCAUGAAAUGACGAAGCAAGGGUUUGUGCCUAAUGUGGUGACAUAUAACUCGGUUAUCAAUGCAUUGUGCAAGGCCCGAGCAAUGGACAAUGCAGAAUUGUUCCUUCGGCAGAUGGUUGAUAACGGCGUUCAACCGAAUAAAGUGACAUAUACUAGCAUGAUCCAUGGAUAUUCCACUUUGGGCCAGUGGAAAGAGGCGACUAAACUGUUCAGAGAAAUGACAGGCAGUGGUCUUAUACCAGAUAUUGUCACUUGGAACUCGUUCAUUGACUCCCUUUGCAAGCAUGGAAGGAGCAAAGAAGCUGCAGAAAAUUUUCAUUCCAUGUCUGCAAAGGGCAACAAGCCUGAUAUCAUCUCCUACACCACUCUUCUUCAUGGGUAUGCCAAUGAAGGAAGCUUUCCUGAUAUGAUGAGUCUCUUUAAGUCAAUGGAAGGCGACGGUAUUGUAGCCAACUGCCAAUUUUUCAACAUAUUAAUUGAUGCAUAUGCUAAACGAGGAAUGAUGGACGAAGCUAUGCUCAUAUUUACUGAAAUGCCAGGACAAGGAGUCAAUCCAAAUGUAGUCACCUAUUCAACUGUGAUAGCUUCACUUUGCAGAAUGGGUAGGCUGGCUGAUGCAAUGAAUAAGUUCAGUGAGAUGAUUGGGACGGGAGUACAACCGAACACAGUUGUUUAUCACUCCCUAGUUCAGGGCUUAUGUACACAUGGUGAUUUGGUGAAAGCGAAGGAGUUGAUUUCUGAAAUGAUGAAUAAAGGUAUUCCUCGUCCAAACAUUGCAUUCUUCAGUUCAAUAGUACACAGUCUAUGCAAAGAAGGAAGGGUUAUGGAUGCACACCAUAUCUUUGACUUGGUUAAAGACAUAGGGGAGAGAUCUGACAUCAUUAUGUUUAAUACGCUGAUUGAUGGAUAUUGCCUAGUCGGUGAGAUGGGCAAAGCAGUCAGUGUACUAGAUGUCAUGAUAUCAGCCGGCAUUGAGCCUGAUAUCUUUACAUAUAAUACACUUGUCAAUGGUUAUUUUAAGAGUGGAAGGAUCGAUGAUGGGUUGAAUCUGUUCAGAGAAAUGUCACAUAAGAAAAUUAAACCUACAACUGUUACAUAUAACAUCAUACUGGAUGGAUUAUUUCGUGCUGGGAGAACCGUUGCUGCCAAGAAAAUGCUCCAUGAGUUGAUCGGAUGUGGAACAACAGUGAGCUUGUCCACAUACAACAUAAUUCUUAAAGGACUUUGUAGAAAUAAUUGCACCGACGAAGCAAUCGUCAUGUUCCAGAAAUUACACACAAUUAAUGUAAAGUUCAAUAUCACAACACUCAAUACCAUGAUUAAUUCAAUGUACACUGUUCAGAGAAGAGAAGAAGCUAAAGAUUUGUUUGCUGCAAUAUCAGACAGCGGGUUGGUGCCCAAUGCCUCUACAUACGGCAUAAUGAUACGAAAUCUUCUAAAAGAAGGAUCAGUGGAAGAAGCUGACAGUAUGUUCUUAUCAAUGGAGAGGAGUGGUUGUGCUCCUUGCUCUCGUCUUUUAAAUGAUACUAUUAGAACGUUAUUGGAGAAGGGGGAGAUAGUCAAGGCCGGAAAUUAUAUGUCUAAAGUUGAUGGCAAGAGCAUCUCACUUGAAGCUUCAACUUGUUCAUUGUUGUGGUCUCUGUUUUCUGGGAAAGGUAAAUAUCGUGAACAAAUACAAUUGCUCCCUGUAAAAUACCAAUUCUUCGGUGGAGUUAGUUGAUGCACUGGAAUCAGCAGAUAAGUGUUCGUGUGGUUUGGAGCUCCUCCCUCUCAACGGUGUGGACAAGUGCCUCACCAAGAUUGAGCUGGGUGAUGGUGCCACACUGCCACCAUGGUGUUCUGGUCGGUGCUUAGCUGCUGGGCGUGUAUCGUAUGGACAUCGCUCCUAAAUCCUAAUCUGUACGCCACCUCCACGCAUGGGCCAUCUGGUGUGUGAUGUGUUUGCUAAUGGUAAAAGAUAUCAAGCUAUUUGGAGUUCUCUGAACCUCAGCAUAUCAAGUGUGUUUUGGGCCGAUGGCAGUUAUAGUAAAAUCAAUGAACUAUUCUACAUCAUCAAGCUGUUUGGCGUUCUCUGAACCCCCCAGCACCAGGAGCUUGAUGAUUUUACUACCUGACCGAUCUCGAGAUGAAGUUUUUGUGAAGAGAAAGUAAAUUGUUAUCUUGUCAUCCAGUGGAUUGGUUAGUGAAAUUGGCACUUCUGGUCAUCUAACGUUGCUCCAACAUCACAGAGCCCCUUAAAUAUGCUAUUUCUUCGUCUGUGAUGUAGAUUCACCCACAAAGCAGCAGUGUGUCAAUCAUGAUUUCGGGAGAAUUCGUCAUGCUGAUAUGGUGCCCUAACCAAAGCCAGGCUGUCAGUCUACAUCUUAUGCAUGGGUUGCACCUGAUAAUAUAUUUAAGGUCUUAAAAGUUUGUAUUAUGCAAUCUCAAUUUUUGUUUAGGAAAUAAUUGCCAAAUUCAGCCCUAGUUACCUACUGCAAGAUUUUUAUGUUUACUGAGCUAAUAUGCUCUUCAGAACUAUUCUUAUUAGGUUACCAAAUUGUUCUCUCAUGUGAUGAGGAACGUGUUUAUCGUACGAACAAGUAUUUGCUUGUCAUUGAACUGGAGGAUUUACUUAUUCUUUUUAUAUAAUUUAGCUAUUGUACUGUAUAAAGUUUACUUGGGCCUUCUUUUUCGGACUGAUAAAUCACGGUGGCUUAAUCCAGUAUAUCCAUUUGCUAGCAUCUGUUUUUUUUUUUGUGGGAUGCUAGCAUCUGUGUUUUACUACCCUGCACAGAGAAUAAGGCCCUGUUCGAUAAUGGUCCGCUCCCGGAAUCUGCAGAGCGGGUGACUGGCAACUUCACCAUUUUGACCUACAGCUCCGCCAACUCCGCUCCGGGAGCUGUGGAGCGGAGCGAUGCCGAACAGCCCAUAAGUUGUCGUUGCCAUCCUAAUCCUAAUCCUAUCCUUCGUUUUUUCCCUUUAAUUUUCUUUCCCAGUAACUAUUGUUUAAUGCAGCACUGAUCAAUUGUAAAAGUGAGGGUCAUCUCCUUACAUAUUUUCAGGGAGCACAUGCCUCUCUGCCGACCACUUGCAGAAAUGCAAAAAAUUUAUGAGAGCCAACGAUGCCAUCUCAGCGAUGCAGGUCCCUUUGAUCGCUCUGAAGUUGAAAGCUUUUGACUCGGCAUCACAUGGUGUGUGUUUUGAUCUUACCCCGACAAAUGCGAUAUGCUAAAAAAGCAAAAAUGGAAAAAAAUUCACUAAGCUAACACGAGCUAUUUCGGGGGACGCCUCUUGGAGACCCUAGCAGCUAUCGACGCAUUGCUAAAACUUUGUAAUGGUGAUUGGGGAGGACUAACCUCAAAAGUACUAGAAAAGUCAAAACAGAUGGUAUGUAAGAAAACAAAAAGUAGCUCCACAGCUCGCCCAAAGAAGAAAGACCCGUUGUUAAUGAUUUUGGAAAUCCAUGGUAGCUCCACAGCUCGCCCUCGAGUUCACCACAGGAGCUCCGUCUAGAUGUGGUUGGGAUCAGGGGGGAUUAUUCUAAAUGUCCGCGUGGAACACACUAGUCCCAACCCUACCUAUAUGACACGAAGGUGGAAGCAAUUGCAACAUCCCUUACCAUGAGAAGGAGCUCGAGAGCGGUCGGUGUGGCGAGGAAUUGGGUUGUGGCGG